AUGGGAUAUGUUUUUUCAUUUUCGUCCUCACAUAUCACUCCCUUCGAACCCCUCUGCCACUGUCUCUUCUGUGAAGGUAGUAGAGAUGAUGAUGAAAAUUCUUUUAGGUGCAACGAAUCUAGCACCAAGAAACGGGCCUUGAGGCCGCAAACACGUAUUGGAUACCGACGAAUAAGGAAGAUGCUGACAACUAAAUACUGGAAAGUAGCUCCAAAAUUGAAGGAUUAUGAAAUUUCUAACAUUGAUCGGGGAACAAAGCCCAUAUACCGCAGUAGGAAAGCCAUUUACACACUUGAAAGAUGUCAACAUGAAGCUCCUUCUAAGAGGAGGAAAUUGUUUGACCAUAGCUCAAGAGUUAUGUAUAAUCAGGAGGCUAGUAGUGAAAGCAUAUGUAAUUCACCCAAGAAGAACAUAAUGGGAGCCAAAAGUGCUUCAGCUGCAUUCUUUCACCGAGCAAGAGGAUUGCCAUCUUCUACUAAAGGCCUUCAAGCAUCUUUUCACUCCAAUAAUUCACAUGUGAAGUUUAGCAUCAAAUCCUUCAAGGUGCCAGAGCUUUACAUUGAAGUACCAGAAACUGCAACUGUUGGUUCACUAAAGUAUGUGGCUGAUGCAGUCUAUUGCAGCUGGAGGUUUUAUCCAGUGAUGGAGAUUUUCAGCUGGCAAAAUUCUGCAGCUUCAGAAAUGCAUCAGUAG